AUGAAGUUAAAGAAAUAGUCAUCUCAAAAGGAGACGUCAAAAAAGGAUUAAAAAAAGAGUAUUAUCGAAUUAUAACAUAGUGAGAAGAGGAUUCAAAGCCUGUAAGUCUUGUGGAUUCGAACUUCACAUCCACUAAAAAAUUUGUAAGAAUUGCAAUCAUGAAAACACAUUUGUCAAUAAAAUCUCCUUCACGCAAUCCAAAAAUAACACCAUUGACUUUUUUAAGAAGAUAACUGAAAACUAAACCAAAGGUAAUUUUCUGGUCUCACUCUAGUAGAAAAUGUAGAAAAGAAAAUAAAAAAGGUUCCUCAAAAAUUAAUGACACGCAUUCAUGUUUUUAAGAAAUCUUUCCUCUACAACAAUGAAAGCAAUUUGGAUGAAAACCUAAUCAAAUCCAUAUCCAAUAAUUCCGCCAAAUAAGACAGCAUCGAUCUAAUACAAAGAAAUGAAUUUAAAUUAAACAAAAAAGAAAUUUUGGUUGACUCCCUUCCUGUUGAAAGCGGUCAAUUUCACAAGUUGGAGAAGGGCUACUUACUUUAUUUUGGUUGUUCCCUAUUAAAUAUAGCAAUAAACAAAGGUGUCAUUUUAGUGAGUAUCUAAAUGAAUUAAUAUGACAACCAAUAGUUUAGCUAGUUGCAUUUAUAUGGCAAGACAUACGAAGGCGAUGGAGUAUUGGGAAUCAUAUAAUAAUAAAAAAUUAGAUACAUGCAUCAUAAUGAAGGUGCCAUUACUCAAAUCAAAUUCUACCCUUAAUCAAUAACCACAAUAGGCACCAUCAAUGCAAAGGGCAGCUUCACAAUGCUUUCCUUAGUCAACACAAUAUCUGAUAAAUUGAAAAUACUAUGCAAGAUCGAUAUUCCUAAUCAAAUUCUAAAUUGUUUCGAUUGGUGUCCUUGCAAAGAAUAGAAAAUAUCGAUUGGAGAUUAACAAGGGAACAUCUACAUUAUAGAAAUAAAAGGAGAAGACUUUGUGAUUGUCAAUUUCCUUGAAUCAUAUCACAUGGGAAUCAUCAAAGAUUUAUAGUUUUAUAUUCACAAUGAUAACAAUUCUCCUUUAUUGCUAAGUGGUGGUUAUGAUGGCAACCUUAAGAUUAUUAACCCUUCCAAUUCUUAAGAAAUAUUUAACAGACACAUUACUUCAAAGGGAAUAUCAUAAGUAAAAUGGGAUAGAGGUGGAAAAUUCAUUUUAUGCAUCAAUGAUGAUCCAAACCAAAAGGCUUUAAUGUUUUGCUUCUUUUCUAUUAUAAAAAAGGAUUCAAUUCAAGUUUUACAAAACGUUGAAAAACGACUCAUCCAACCAUUAACUGGGGAUGAUGAGACUCAAGUAAAUAUGUAAUAUUAUAUAGAGCUGUGCAUAUAAUCCAUUCCACCAUAAAAUCUACUUUGCCUCAUAGAAUGGAACCAUCUAUGGAGCUGAUAUUGAGCAAAUUAGAAAAUAGGCUAUUAAAAAAGAGAAGAAGCAAACGUAUUAAUCAGCAGUAGUUCACUUUGGUUAAGUUCUUUUAGAAAAUAAUACAAUUUCAUACAUUACUUCGAAAACUUCAGGAAGCUAUAAAAAAUCUAUUCAAGUACUUCUUUGAUAUUAAAACUAGUACUAUGAUUGGAGUUAAGGGUAUCAUUUUUUGGAUGUAGACGAAUCAGGAAAUUUAAUUUUGGGAAACAUUCUAGGAGUUUUAAUUAUGUUAUGA